AUGUCGAGUUCGAAACCGGAAUGGUUGACCGAAAUCUGUAAGAUAUUAGUAAAUGAUUUGGACCAGUUAGAUGUAUUAGUUGUCCAUUUAGGGAGCCCGAACUUUAACGCAACUGUAAAAUGGGCCCAGUUAAACAACCAACAACGUUGGUGCGAACAAAAUACACAUCCAAGUCUGACACAAAUUAUAUCAGCUUUACAAGAUAUGAAUAAACCUGACAUAGUCAAUUUAAUUAAGAACAAAUUCAUACUUAAAAAACAACUUAUUUUGGAAAAUGAAGGAAUUGAAAACCUUCGUUCGUAUAGCUACAAAGUUGGAGGGACCCCGAGAUUCAAUGCAGCCGCCAAAUGGCAACAGUUAAAUAACCAACAAAUAGAAACACAAUUUUAUAAGUUCAUGAACGUUUGGUACGAACAGUCUGAAGAUCCAAGUCUGACUAAAAUUUUAUCGGCUGUAGGCGCUAUGCGCAGAAAUGACAUAGUCAAUUUUAUGUUGAACGAUGUCAAUCUUAAAAAACAAUUUCACAUGGAAAUUAAGAGAACGUUAACUGAAACUGUUGAGUAUAUUUCUUCUAUACUAAUCUGA